AUGUCGGCCACCACUGACAGCCCUAUACCCCUAACCACCACAUUCACCCCUCCAGCAGCAUGUUUUACCAACACAUGGCUUAUCGAAUACGUUUCUGGAACCGACUACUACGACAAAAUCGUAACUGGAACCGAUACUAGCUGGUGGAUGAGUCUGGGCCCUAGAAAUACCGGGUUUUGUUAUCCUUCGGGCUAUCAGGCCAGUAGUACAGACUUCUACUACUCCCCAGGGAUAUGCCCCUCGGGGUAUUGGGUUGCUAAAGACCGCACGGUGACAUCUGACGGAGAGGAAGAAACACGGGCUACAUGCUGCCCAGACAACUAUACAGCCAAUCCGGAUACCACCAGGCUGUCCUGGUACACACACAACGUGUGUACGUCCUACAAUGCGUACUCAGAUCAACUUUGGACUUUCACAAAAGCCGGCACGACCUCGAGUACGAUAAGAGCGGACGGGAUCAAUGCCCAGGGUAUCUCUAUACGCUGGAAAUCUGGCGACUUUGCACCGAAAACAACCACAGCGGGCACCAUUACCAGCAGCCCCAUUAGCGAAUCUACAACAGGAGCUGCCACCCAAGAUGCAGCAAAUGGAACCAGUGGCACUCUUUCUACGGGCGUCAAAGCCGGAAUCGGGGUCGCUGCGGCAGUGGGGGCAAUAAUGAUGGUGACAAUCGCGGUUUUGUGCUGGAUGGUCCGGCGUAAGAAUAAAAGGGCAGAAGAGGCAGAAGAGGCGGGGAAAGUCAUGAUCAGCGCGUCUGGGAGGCCACAAAUUCCCUUGGAAUUGAAUGCUAUGUAUAUACAACGUGCUGAGCUAGAUCCACGGGGAAGGCAGAUACCGGUGGAAUUGGAUACCGGCACGGGGGUUGAGAAGUUCUAA